CGACAGUGUGGUGCGUUUACGGCCUGCCAUGAUAAUUGCUUUGAUAGAGGUAAACAAGCGAGCUCUGCGUGUUUCCCUGCUUCGAAAGUGGGAAUCUCAAAAAGCGAGUGACAAUGCUCCUCCAAAAUCGAGCUGUGUUUGCGCUUGGUCUGCGCAUGUGCUCCACUAGCGUGACCACGAGAGGACCCUUGACAGACACAGCAAGGCCCAACUCAGACAUGUCUGAAUUCCGCAAGGUGUUUUCCAAAGCCAAGCACAUAGCAAUCAUCACGGGGGCAGGUGUGAGUGCAGAGAGCGGAGUACCAACCUUCAGGGGAGAAAAUGAGAAGUGGAGGAAGUGGCAAUCUCAGGAUCUGGCGACUCCAGAGGCCUUCUCUCGCAACCCGUCUCGGGUCUGGGAGUUCUACCAUUACAGAAGGGAGCUGGCUUUGAACAAGAAGCCCAGUGCUGCCCAUCUGGCUAUAGCGGAGUGUGAGGCCCGGCUGAGGAAGCAGGGACGCUCCGUGGUUGUCAUCACCCAGUGCACAGAUGACCUCCACCGGCAGGCCGGGUCCAAACAUGUGCUCAAGGUUCAUGGCAGUCUGAUGGAGACGCGCUGUGUGAGCUGUGGAGAAGUGACCGUGAACAAACGAAGCCCCAUAUGUGCUGCCCUAAAGGACAAAGGUGCACCUGACCCAGAUGUUGCUGAUGCCCAGAUUCCUGUGGAUAAACUGCCAAGGUGUAGCGAAAGCGGCUGCCACGGUCUGCUGAGGCCCAAUGUUGUGUUUUUCGGAGAAACUCUGGAUUCUCACAUCCUUACCAAGGUGGAAAAGGAGAUGGAAAUCUGCGACCUCUGCCUAGUGGUGGGCACAUCUUCAAUUGUUUACCCCGCAGCCAUGUUUGGCCCACAGAUUGCGUCCAGGGGCGUCCCAGUGGCAGAAUUCAAUACACAAACGACACCAAAAACGGAGUACUUCACGUACCAUUUCCAGGGCCGAUGUGGGACUACGCUGCCUCCAGCUUUGGCGCGACAUGAGUCAGAGGUUAUUUAAGAGCCACAGGAAUUACUUUCCUCACAGCAACCAGUGGCUUCUUCUGCAGACUAAUGCUUUCCAAGGCUGGGGCUGCGGUGUUUCGUAGCAGUUUUUUUUUAAUUCCAAAUAUUUGCCUUAAAAUCACUUCAGCUGUUGAUGCUGGUAGACGGAAAGUUUACCAGAAUUAAGCUUUUUAAGGCUUUGAGAUGGACCUCUUAAUACUUGAAUAUAUCUCGCUAAACUGGAAAUGGAAUAUUGUGUGAUUUAAAUAUUGUCUGCUUAGAGUUAGGUAGGAACUAUGCAGCUUGGUGUAAGAAAAGAAAAUGCACUAUGUAUGUUGUCAUUCUCAUAUAGGACAAAUAUCUCCUCAGAUAUUUGUGGGUAUUGUUAUUCAUUCUUGGGUAUUAGAUGCUGGUGAUGGACUGUCAUACUCUGGAUACACCGUGCUCUAAAAUGAUGCUGUAGAUGAGAACGGUGGAAAAUAUUCCUCUUUUCUCUUUCCACCAAAUGAACAGGUGUACAGAGCGUAAUGUAAUCAUGUGCCUUUCAAAAUUGUUUACACAACCUUGACCAAAUGCUCGCUUUAAACCUCAAGUGCAAGUCAACCAAUGUUACAGAGAUUUAGCCAAGUGUGCACAGUUUGCUUUUGACCAAGGACGGUGAGGGUAGGGAGAGAGAGAGAGAAAGAGGGGAAACCUUUUUAAUGUAGCCUGAAUCAGCAUCAUUUCCCUCUCAUGAGGUUUGACUGUGUUUAUUAUGACAUCAGUGCAGUUACAUGUCAUGGAUUAUUCAUGAUACAGCUGAUACAUUUUUACAAAUUUCAGUGUCUAUUAAAAAAUGAAUUCAUAUAAAUAAAUAGAUAAAUAAAUAGAAGGAGAGACAUACUGUAGCACUGUGGAAGUACAUUGUCUAAAAACAAAAGUAAAUCUGCAAUAUGUUAAAUAACAUGAUUUUCUGUUUUUUAACAACUUUUCGCUCAUAAACUUCAAUUUCUUAUGAUGUAUCCUAUUAUUGCAGUUAUACAGAUUAUUAAAACACUAAACAUA